AUGCCGCCAAGCCUUGUGCAUGGCACGCUGUUGGGUUACUCUGUCUCUUUUACGAAGAGAGGAAACGGGACCAUGCGGACUGUAAAAACUGCGCCUGCCAAACUUGAAGCACUGCUGACCGGUUUACAGGCGUAUUCACUGUACGAGAUUCAAGUGUGCGCGUUCACCGCCAAAGGGUGUGGUCCCAAGAGUAGAGUGAUCUCGGUCAUAACCGAUGAAGACGUUCCCUUAGCCGCACCCGCGGUCACGGUUGUGAAUCAAAGUUCCAGCAGUCUCUUGGUGUCGUGGCAUGCGCUGCCUUCGUCACUAGUGCCUGGUGUUCUUCGUGGCUUUCAUAUCUGGUACAAACCAUCCAACUACUCCUCUGGAGCCAGCAUGACCGUACGGCCUGACGCAUUGCAAUGCGUGCUGCGGGGACUUCUGAAGUACACGCCUUAUGAAGUGCAGGUAGCUGCAUUCACGAGAAUCGGAGACGGACCAAAAAGUCAUCCCAUGGUUCGAUACACAGCAGAAGACGUUCCAAGUACUGCCCCGCUCAAUGCGCGCAUCUUGAACAAGACUUCAUCGAGUAUUGACCUCAGAUGGGAUGCGAUUCCUAUCAAGAGUGUACAUGGCGUAUUGUUAGGCUACAAAGUGUCUUAUGGAUUAGUGAAUCAUAGUCUUCAAAUAAACGUGACCAGAACAGGACCAAGCACGCUACAUCUCACCCUCGCUGGAUUGAUGAAGCACUCUUCAUACUGGAUUACGGUGUCGGGAUUUACCAGUGUUGGUGAAGGGCCAGGAAGUAUUCGGCUUUAUGCCAAUACUGAACAGGAUGUCCCCAGUGCUCCCCCGCCAAACGUGCGUGGUGUCAACGGAAGUUCCACGAGCAUCCGCGUGAGCUGGGACCAGGUGCCGCCAAGCCUUGUGCAUGGCACGCUGUUGGGUUACUCUGUCUCUUUUACGAAGAGAGGAAACGGGACCAUGCGGACUGUGAAAACUGCGCCUGCCAAACUUGAAGCACUGCUGACUGGUUUACAGGCGUAUUCAAUGUACGAGAUUCAAGUGUGCGCGUUCACCGCCAAAGGGUUUGGGCCCAAGAGUAGAGUGAUCUCCGUCAUGACGGAUGAAGAUGUCCCAAGUGCGGCCCCUACUAUUGUUGGCAUAGAGCCUGUCAAUUCAACGGCUGUGAUUGUUCAGUGGACUUCCGUGUCAAAAAACCACCUCAACGGCGUCUUGAAAGGAUACGUCGUGACGUAUUCUGGUCAAUUCGAUGGGUCGCGUGAGUUAUCAGUUCGUAUUAACAGCGUGCGGGUAGUGCUUGGGGGCAUUUCCCCCGGCUUCGAGUACAAAGUCCGGGUGGCUGCCUUCACGCGCAUUGGCCAUGGCCCGAGAAGUGCUGCUGUGUUGUUUACUACGGCAGAGUCUCCAAACAAAGCAGCGUCAAGGACAGAAAGAAAGAACAUCCUGUUCCAAUACAUCGCUCCAGGAGUGGGUGGAUUUAUCGCACUGGUCGUGGUCCUCGUCUGCCUGGUGUACUUCUGUCGACGACGAAGCAGCAACUACCCCGAUGCCGCUCGCGUCAUGAUUACCUCCCAGCUCGAGAUGGAUCCAUUAGAUGCUCUAGUUGCAUUUGAGAAUCCAGGGUACGAGUCUGUGGACAGAAAACUACCCGCUAUAACGACGGAUGAUAUCACGCCAGGUCAUUGCAGCAAUGAGGAUUUAGGUGUCCCGCCGAGUUGCAUUUCCGACAACCCUCUUUAUGAGAAACCUGUUAAGCAGGGCAACAACCCUCAUAAACAGGUUUACGGUAACCAACAGGAGAACCCCGUCUACGACCAUAAACAGGAAAAUCAUAUUUACGACAGCCCAACGCAUAUGAAGCUUGAUGGUGAUCAGAUGGAAAACUGCGGAGAGGUGAAAAGCCUGGCCCUGAAAUCUCCAGUUCUGUACUUCGAGGAUUUCGAUGAGGAGACCCAAACAGAGGCCUAACGCGCCGCUUGAGAAAAUAAUGCCAUGUGUGAGGAUAGAGCGUAAUUUUUUUUUUUAGAAAAAUCGCAAAUCGCGCAAUUCAUUCGCCAGUAUUUUGUGCAUAGCUGUUUUAAAUAUCACACUUUGAUUUGCAAAGAUUUUGAACCAAUGACAAUAAUAUAAUAAAUGAAACAGGCUCGAAGCCGGGAUUUUGAGCGACGGAGGGGGGGGGGGGGUAACCGUUUACCCUAGCGGACCAUUUAGGUAGCUCGCCCAAGCUCCCUACUCAAUUGUUCUUCAAUAGAACGGACUUUCCAGUCCAGUGGGGUGGGUCUUCUGAACCCGUGGGUACGGGACAGGAUGAAAGCGCAUCAUGAGACUUCGAUUGACAUAAACAAUUAGAGAUGUUUUAAAUAUAAGCUGUUGUGGAUUAAAAAAUAUAAAUAUAAAA